AGCGAGACGGAUGACGUAACAAACGUCUGGACACUAGGCCAUCGUCGGUGUGGAUAUGGCGCUGGCGUCAGCACCAGUGUUUAAGGCCACGUGGACGUGUCAACCAUCACCAUCGCYGCCAUCGCUAUCACCGUCGUCGUCAUCUUCAUCUACAUCGCAUUGCUGUUGCAAGCUCCAACCAUGGCUGGCACUUAAGAUGAGAGCCGGAGGACCUCCGGGCGCCGCCCAGCGCUGCUGUGGCGCGCGUCUGUCCGCCCGUCUCGUUGUAAUCGCCCGGUCGGAUCCCACGGAGUGGUGGGGACCACAAAUCCAAGGCCAGAGGUGUGGGCUUAGGUUCGGGAGGAGGUAUCCUCCCUUCAGUGAGACACGUGACAGCUGCGGCCGCAGAAGGACCGGUGCGCAUAGAUGGAGCGCAGGAAUGACACGUGGCGCUGGUGGCCUCGCGGGCAAGGAGCAGGUGUGGGCGGCUGCUGAGGGACGACGAUUCCUCUCGUCAUCGGGUUCAGCGUUAGGUGUUGGGUUGGGCUCUGAAACGGCAAAGAAUGCACUGCUAUGGGGCGUUUUAUCGGCGAGUACUGCCGCUAGCGAUAGCGAAAGAUCCCACCCAGUCACGCCCCUAGACCAGCUUCCUUCUGUCAUAUGGCCAGGUCUGAGUGGUGGUCCACAUCAUGGCAGGGCAGAGCUGCGUCUGGAGCURGCGGCGCCACGUGGGGCCAAGCUAGAAGGAGAAUGUGGGCGAGGGCUUACCAGCAUUGGCCUGUGGGUAGGGGAGAAAAGGGGAGAUCGGGGAUCUGGAGUGGGAGGAGGAGUGACCCCGACGAUGACGGGGACGUUAAGGACRCCGGUCGCCAGUCGGACACGUUUUGCACCRGGCGCAAGGACCUGGUUCGGCCCAUGGACAUCUGCCACCCCAGGUGGGGCAAAGUUCACAAGUGCCGUGAGCAGGACGGGUGGGGGGGGGAUGGUCAGUGGCUGUGACAGACCGACACAGACCGCCUCGCGUGGCAUUUCUGCACGGGCGGAUAAUAUUAUCAUCAGGGUGUCAUGCGGCGGGGAUGGGCCGGUAGGAGAGGCGGAAGGAGAUGAAGAAGGGUCGAAUUCGGGAAUGGGAGAAAGAGGUUUGGGAGAGCGUCGGCGGGUGUCUGUGAGAGAGGAUGGACGGCAGACCGAAGCGCUUGCCGCUGCUGAGGCGAACCCACCACUAAAGGAUAACGCCCCGCCCCCGCUGCUCAAGCUCAGUAAGCAUCAGGCGCAGAAGGAGGAGGAGGAGGAGGAGGAGGAGGAGGGGAGGAAGGAGGAGCAGGAAGGGGAACAAGAGGAGAAGGAGGGGAAGGACAAGCAAGUUUAUGCUGAGGUUAGGCCGAAUGGACGAAAGUUCUUCGAAGUUAUGGCCACUAGUAUUCAUAAGGUUAGCCAUGGUUGUAUCGUAGGUCUUUUGUGCACGGAGAAGAACAAAGGACUCAGUAAAUCUUGUAGGGAGUUCCCUCUCUUCCUCAACAAGCUCAGCUUCGACUGCAUUCGAGAGGCUUUGGACAGGGGCGGCCUUCCUCAUGCCUUGGAAGAAUUGGAUCGGCUGUGUGAUCACGAUCUGCAGUCCAUUUACGUGACCGGAUUCGAUGACGAGAAGACUGGGGGGGAGUUCGYCGUGCUUGACGAAAAGACGACACGUGUCACCAUCGUACCGUCCACGUUCCCUCAAGCCAUAGCCGUAGCUCUUCGGUACCAGCAGCCGUUCUUUCUUGAGAGAGAGGCGGUCUUCUCUGCCAAUACCGAUUUUGUGGACCGCAUGCUCAUCAACCCGAUGGCUAGAGAACACGAAGGGGACUUGCAGAUGCUUGCCUCGCUGUCUAGACGGAUGAGAGAAUUGGGAGAGAGAGGUGUCUCGAUUAGGAGAGACUUGAUGGAAGCUGUACGGGCAGAAGAGUACGAAAGGGCRGCCAGAACGAAAGUUCAGAUACAGGAGUUGGAUCGAGAGAUGGACGCCARGCUUCCCGGUCUGCUAGCUGAACUCAAACAUCUCUACUUGGAACGGAUGGGCAUUUUUUUCAAACUAUGAAUAAAAUAUUGAAGGUCGACAAGCAAAAAAGAAGGGGGGAAAAGAGAACAAAGAGAAAAAAACGAUUUCGGUGGAGUGAGAACGGCGGGAAAAAAAAAAAAGAGCAACUUUGGUGGACUGGGAGGAAAAAGAAAAAGAGGAAAAAAAAAAAAAAGCAGAUGAGUAAUUUCAAUGGAGAGAGAAAAAGCGAAGGCUCAGCGAGAAAGAAAGAGGAAGACUUUGAUGCAGUGAAAACGAAAAGAACGAAAAGAAGAAAAAUGUCCCAGGGGCAGGGGCAGGGAGAGAACGAAAAAGAUGUACAAUUUAUCGGGGGAGACUGGAAUCGAAGCCGGCACCAGAGCUGCUGCCCUUCUUCCGGAAAGGAAAGAGAAGUAGUUUUUUUUUUUUUUUUUUUUUUUUUUUUUUAGAGAGAGAGAGAGAGAGAGAGAGAGAGAGAGAGAGAGAGAGAGGAAUGUCCAGGAAACUAGCUGUGAAUUCAACAAUAAUCCAAUCACCCUGAUUCUUUCUUCAUGGGGACUCCUAGAUGUAGCUUUCCAAGUCUCUUUUUUUUUUCUUUUUUUUUUCUUUGAAGAUCCGCCCGUGUUACUGGCCGAGUGGUAAGAGCAGCUCGGGGAAGAAGUACUCACUGAGCAGAUGGCUUCUUUCUAUUGGUGGGGGGAGUGGCACCUGCUGGAAAAGAAACCGGGUUGAGCGUCCCAUCAGAAAACAAAUUUACUCUCAAAUCACCGGGGUGAUUACCCGGCGUCGGCUCUGUCCACACCUGUCCAUGAAACAUGGGAAUCGAAGAUGGUUUGUUCUCCAUAGMCUGCAGAUCAGCCUGAAGGCUGCAUCUCUCUGAGGGGCAAAAGGGGUUUCGACCCCUCGAUGAUCGAUCACAGGCCGUGCCAUUUUGGUUCGGCUAUGGACCAACUAUGCAGGGGGAAGAAGAGAUGGCGGAAAUUAUAUGUGGGCCUCAGGGGGGCAAAUUUAAUCAGAUGUGGGUCUUAGGGGGGAGGAAGGAUCUAUUUUCGUCCACUGGCAGUCAGUAAAAACAAGCUGAUAUU